ACAGGCUUUGACCUCUAAGACCUUCAAAGCUCUCACUUUCUCUCUCUGUCUCUUCUGCAACCAACAGGGUCGUCUAUUUGGUACGAAUCUUGCGUCUUUUCUCUGCAAUUAGGGUUUAUUUGCAGAAAGUUAGGGUUUAUUUUCCCAUUGUACAAAUCUUGGAUCAGUUCUCUGGUCACUUGCAGAGACGCAGCAGGACACCAUUUCAGUUCUGAAGUAUUUUCUGAGCUCUAAGGAAAUUAGUGUUUCCUUUCAACGAAGAAGUUUUACAGCUCUGCAACUAUUGCAGAAGCUCGAUUCUAGUUGGGUUUAUGAAAUUUUUGGGUUGAGGCUUUUGAUGUUUUCUGCAUUUGCGAGCAUCUGAAGUUUUAGGGUUCGGUUUCUCGAUUCUACCUGGAGUUUUGGCUAGGUUUUAUUCGAAGUUAGAGUUUAUUGAGAAGGUAUAUUUUUAGUGGAUUCAGCCUUUCUUGAAGGUUAAUGAGGAUUGCGUUUUGGUUCCUGGUCUGGCUUGUGAAAAAAAUAUUGCUUUGCUUCCCUGGGGUUGUAAAGUGAUCAGUAGCAAAUCAAGUUCCAACUUUCAAAGAUUUAGCUCUCAUUUGCAGAGCUCAAACUUUUAUUUUGACAAUCAAAGUGGAAGAAUUCUGUUCAAUUUCAUGCAUUUGCGGGGACUAGUGUUAACUCCAUUUCCAAUCUCAGAGAGUUAUAUUAAUUCUGAAACACCUGCAUGGUUUCAGGUCCAAAUCUAUCAGGCUUCGUUCUUCAACAUUCAUAGUACAGCAAGUUCUUUUUCCUAUAUAUUACCACAAAAAGGUUUACAAAAUCUGCAGGAGAUUGGAUUUAGCUCAUAGCACUUGCAGAGAAACUCGGGUUUAGGCUCUGAAUCAUCAGCAGAAUUAAAUUUUUGGGCUUGGUUCUCAGAGGCCCGUCAUUUUUGGAAACCAGGAUUUCAUAGCGAUAUUUGAGGUUCUAAAAAACUAGGGUUGUGAGAGUGAUGGUCAUAAAGACAUGGCACAAAAGGCAAUUCAAUCAAUAGGGCUUGGUUACGACAUAACUGAGGAUCUGAGGCUCAAAUACUGCAAAGGAAAUUCACCUGAUUCACACUUGAUAAAGUUGGAUGUAGAUCAAGGGCGAGAUGUUUUUUUGCCUGGUGGGAUCCUGGUGGAGAAUGUAUCGAAAUCGAUAAAAUGUGAUAAAGGAGAAAGGAUGAGAUUCAGGUCUGAUGUUCUCUCUUUUCAACAGAUGUCAGAGCAGUUCAAUCAGGAAUUGUCAUUGUCUGGUAAAAUUCCUUCGGGAUUAUUCAAUACCAUGUUUGAAUUUUCUGGUGGCUGGCAGAAAGAUGCAGCCAACACUAAAAAUCUUGCCUUUGAUGGGUGGUUCAUAAUUCUUUACACUGUUGCUUUAGCAAAAUCACAGAUAACUCUUCGUGAUCAUGUUAAACGUGAUGUUCCCUCAUCGUGGGACCCCGCUGCAUUGGCUGGAUUUAUUGAAAAAUAUGGCACACAUAUCAUAGUAAGCGUAAAAAUGGGUGGUAAAGAUGUUGUUUAUGUGAAGCAACAGCACAACUCAAAUCUUCAGCCUACUGAAAUUCAGAAAAGACUGAAGGAUAUUGCUGAUGAGAGAUAUUCAGAUGCAAAUGGGAGGAAUAGCUUGGAUUCAGAAGAUACCUUUGGAAAGGACAAGAUUGAUAUCAGGGAACACAAGUUGAGAUUUGCAAAUUCCAGUUCAUCCAUAACUGACUCUUACAAAGAGGAACUUACUUGGAUAUUCAAGAGAAGGGGGGGCAGCGACAAUAACCUAUCUCUUUCCCAUACCCAGUGGCUAAACACAGUUCCACAGGACCCUGAUGUGAUUUCAAUGUCAUUUGUUCCAAUCACAUCUUUGUUGAACGGAGUUCCUGGGAGUGGGUUCUUGAGCCAUGCUGUGAAUCUGUAUCUUCGAUAUAAGCCGCCUAUUGAACAACUCCCCCAGUUUUUGGAGUUCCAACUUCCACGGCAAUGGGCUCCAGUGUUUAGUGAGCUUCCUCUUGGCCCCCAAAGAAAGCAACAAUGCAAUUCAUAUCUGCAGUUCAGUUUCAUGGGUCCCAAGCUUUUUGUCAACACCAAUCCGGUGGAUGUGGGGAGGCGUCCAGUGACCGGCCUUCGCCUCUACCUUGAGGGCAAGAAGAGCAACCGCCUUGCGAUCCACCUUCAACACCUCUCUGCCCUCCCUUCUAUACUCCACCUCUCUGACACUCUGCCCCAUGGUCACGGCCCUGGCCCUGGCCCUGGCCCAGAUGAUCUCUGUCAAGACCGCCGCUACUUCGAGGCCCUCCAAUGGCGCCACUUCUCUCACAUAUGCACUGCUCCUGUGGACCGUGGAGAUGAUCCAUGGAUUGUGACUGGUGCGCAACUUUUGGUCCACAAAAACAUCCUCUUUUUGAGGCUAAAAUAUUCGGCAGUCAAUGCUAAGAUUCGCCGCUCAGAUUGGGAACGUUCGGAAGGUUUAGGGCAUAAGUCAGGGAUUUUGUCUACUCUGAUCAGUACGCAUUUUACCGGGGUGGCACGUGCUCCCACUCCGAGGCCUAGUGAUGUGGUUGUGAACUCUGCGGUGUACCCUGGAGGACCACCAGUGCCAGUGAGGACCCCACGCAUGCUUAGCUUUGUGGAUGCGGCAGAGAUGGCUCGAGGCCCUCAAGAUGCUCCCGGGUAUUGGGUGGUUACAGGUGGUAAGCUUUGUGUUGAUAGGGGGCGGAUUUCGAUUAGUGUGAGGUAUUCAUUGCUCACCAUUGUGCCUGAGGUGGAGGAUGAGGAGUGAGGUGUCUGGGUGUGACAUUCUUUGGGGGUUGAGAGAGAGAGAGAGAGAGAGAGAGCAUAGAAUUGCAGAUAAGGGAACGUAGAGUAGGGAUUCCUAUGGGAAUUGUAGGAGAGAUAGGGAUGUAAACAGUGAGGAUAUUGAUGGCGUAAUGGAGAGUAGACAUGGAUGGGAUUGUAGACACCACCUAGAGGGAAAUGCGAGCAGCAUUGCUAGCAUACGGCAUGAUGGGGGUUGGAUAGUGCCACGGUUAUUCUGGAGAAAGUGCAAGAGCUGAUACAUCCAGGUAUUUUAUUUCUUAUUCCUGGUUUGUGUUUUCGGGUAGGUGUUGUGUUCUUAUUAGGGGAAAAACAGGAGAUGUUGAAGUGAUUGGGAAAGGAACCACACAGAUGGGCAUGUAUAAGAAAAUGAGGGAAAUACUAUGGGCAUUAUCAACUCCGAGAGGAUGCAAAAAUGGAGAUAACCAUGGUUUGCUUUAAGAAUGGUGGAAGAUUCUAUGUUAAGUUUGUGGGUGUUACGAUUUCGUGCUCUGACAGAAGUAGGCAAAGGACUGGACGAAGUGAAAGGAUAUUGUUCAUUUUGGUGUUUUUGGUGGGUUUCGUGUUCUGUUGUUCGAUUAUAACUGUGGUCGUGUAGAUAUAUUGUUUGAAUGUAUCUUGAAAUCUUGAUCAAUAUGAGCUCUGAUGUUGAAUAGAAUGCUUUUGUAUGCUUCCAUGUA